GCCCUGCGCGCGCGCCUCCAGUCCAGCCCGUCGUCCGCGCGCUCGCUCCACACCAAGGAGCGGUCACCGCCUGGCCCUUGAGAUGCAGCGCGAGCGCCUGCUCAAAAUUCUGGUCAUCGGCGACCUGGGGGUGGGCAAAACCUCCAUCAUCAAGCGCUACGUGCACCAGGUGUUCUCCCAGCACUACCGGGCCACCAUCGGAGUGGACUUCGCCCUGAAGGUCCUGAAGUGGGACCAGCAGACCGUGGUUCGGCUGCAGCUGUGGGACAUCGCCGGACAGGAACGCUAUGGAAAUAUGACCCGUGUGUACUACAGAGAGGCAGUGGGAGCGCUCGUUGUCUUUGACAUGACAAGGUUGUCCACAUUUCAGGCUGUCCUAAAGUGGAAACGGGACCUGGACUCCAAAGUCACACUGAGUGACGGGACGCCGGUUCCAGCCGUUCUCCUGGCCAACAAAUGUGACCAUCAAAGUCACGGUUUGUGCCCGAAACUUCCAAAACUGGACAACUUUGCCCGAGAGCAAGGCUUCAUCGGCUGGUAUGAAACUUCGGCCAAGGACAACACCAACAUCGACGCGGCCGUCACGUGCUUGGUGAAAAACAUCUUGUCUGCGGAGGAGGACAAGCUCUCGACGGACGCUGCGAGAAGCGAAUCAGACGGCAACGUAAUAGUUCUUCAACGCUUCGACUACAACAUGAAGGAGAAGAGCCUUAACGGCUGCGCAGGAUGCUCCACGACUAAACCCAGACACGGAGGAAAUGACUGAAACAGCUGGCAGGACCCC